ACAAAGACGACACAAUUUAUGGAUAACAACUUCUUCAAUUAAAGGCGACGUUUUGGUAUUGAUCCUAAUACCGUUGUCAAGAAAGGUUGUGCAGUUUGUUGUUGGCCUGGGUCUGGGCAGUGCGGAGUGAGGAGAAGGUGUCAGGUUGGAGCGUAGUUUUGAUCUGGUUGAUCUGGUCAGAGAUGUCUUUGAGGGAGAUAGCGGUGAUGACGGAGUCCUUCCGUGACAAGGCGUUGAGAGGCGGUGUGCAGGAUGGCUCUGGCAGCAGGGGACUAGUACAAGCAGCCCCACACAAGGACUUCGCUAUAAAAUGUCCUAUAGAGACUGGAAGCUACGAGAACACGAACCAGAUCCAUUUUGGCAAGAGCAUUGGAGGAAACACAAACAAUCCUGUUUCCUUUGACUUCGAUCACUUUGACACCAGUUUAAGGAUAGAGGUAAAUGCACAGGAUCACGACACAGGCUUUCUGUUCGGCUCCAAUGACAACAUUGAGACCGUUCACUACGACGUCGCAGCGGCCUUGACCUUCAACAGCACGUUGCCUGGAACGUCAAUUACCAUGAAGGGGAAUGUAAUAACAUUUGAAGCGACUGUGCAAGUGAAGUGUUAUGAUCAUUACUAUGGUAACGGGUGUGGCACCUACUGCAGGGCGGAGGACGACCCCGGUCACUAUAUCUGUGACCCAGCGGGCAAGAGGGUGUGUCUCGACAAGUGGAUUGGAGCAAAAUGUGACCAAUGGGAUUACUGUUUCAACAGCACGUGUCAAAACAGCGCCACCUGUCGGAACAACCCUCGUGACUAUUCUUGCCUGUGCAAAAGUCGCUAUACUGGUGCUUUCUGUGAGGCCCUGAUUCCGACCACGACAAUGACGACACCAUCAAAAACAUCCCCUACAACGACAACCGCUACAACAUCGACGAUAUCGACAACUGUGUCUCCGACUACAACUGCUGCGACUACUACUACACAGCAGACAGAACCAACAAGCGCUAGACUGAAUCGAGUACACCUUUCCCAUGUGCCCGUCAAACAGGGAGAUAAUGCGUUACCCAUCGUUCUGACUCUGUGUGGGGUUCUGUCCAUCGUGCCGCUUACAGGCCUCGCUGUUUUAUUCAGAAGGAAGUGUAGCAGCCGAGUGAAGCCUGUCCCUCAGGACAGAAAACUCCGGACCAAGGCCCAGUACAACACAAGGCCACCUUUACACUGGGUCAGAUAGAGUGCUUCCUGCAACAUGACAGGCUCUGGGGAGUGGACAGGUCCGAGCAACGAAAUAUUCAGGUUAUAGAUCGUGUAUCAAAAUAAAAUAUUGAA